AAGUGUAAUUAUAUUAAUAUGAAAGUAAAAAGAAAAGCAAAAUAGUAACUGGAAAUCUAUAUUAACUAAAAAAAAACAAGAAAAGAAGUUUGUACUAUUUGAUCUUCAGUGAGCCUUGGUGUUGUAGCCUUGAGAAAUAAACACUAGUUAUUGAAAUGGAUUUUUAGAAAUAUAUUUGGUGGUGUUAAGUGUUGUUCAACCAGUAUUGGCGGCAACCGAAACAACUACCAUUGAAAACUUAACAUCAGCUGUUUGCAUUAUUACCAUAGUACCAUCAUCAACGUCUAGCAACACCACAAUCAACCACCAUCAACUACAAUUAGGUUCAUCAGACAACCAAAGCAAGUUCAUAACCAACAAGAGGUAAAGACCAUUUUAAAUUACAACCAACCAACCACAACAACCACCACCAUUCCGCCCCUAGCCACCACCACCACCACCAACGGCGGAAGGUCGCUCAACACCACCACCAUUACUACCACCAUUACCGCCACCAUUACGUCCACCACGACAACCACCACCACCACCACAACCACCAUGAAUAAAAAGCGUGGUUGGCGAUCCUUUCUGAGUCGCCUGCCUGUGUUGGCUCUUCGCCUGACGAAGGUGCCGAGGGUUCACCCGACGCUCAGGGUUCCCAGGCUUCCAGGAGGCUUCGUCCAGUUCAUGAAACCUGGAGUUAAAUACGAGAAGCUGUACGAUAGGAUCCACAGCGCCUCGGUGUCACCAGGUCGCGGAGGAGUGGCCCAGGAUGCCAUGGAGAUCGCCAGGGACGUGGUGGACUUAAUGAGGGACUACGAUGACGCUAUGAUCCCGGAGGUGGACGAACUACGGAACAUCCUUGGAGAACCUCAUAUACGGGGGGGGGGGCGUAAAAUGACACGAGGAACAGCCAACACAACUCACACUCUUGUACGUGGGCCUGAAAAGGGCGGCCCAAGUCAGAGAAACAAACAGAUGGCUGAAGAUGAAAAGUUUUAUUGA